GGAGUCUGAGGCAGAAGGAUCAUAAGCUUGCGGCUCUCUCUAUGAAAGAGCUGGGUGUAGUGACACACACCUUUAUUCCCGGCUGGGAGGCUGAGGUGGAAGGAUCACAACAACCAGAUCCUACCACAAAAUAAAAUAAUCAGUGACUAGGUAGAAAUAGCCUCUCUGUGUAUCAUAAUGUAAUCUAGUUUACAUGUGAUUUGAAUUUAUCAUAGUGUAAUUUAGUUUACUUUUCCUAAAUCACUGUGCUAUCCCUUCACAAAGACGUGUAGGAGAUUCACCAAUUCCUGGAGCAGGGGCCUAUGCCGAUGACACUGCCGGGGCAGCUGCAGCCACUGGGGAUGGUGACAUAAUGAUGCGCUUCCUACCAAGCUACCAAGCUGUAGAAUACAUGAGAACAGGAGAAGAUCCAACCCUAGCUUGCCAAAAAGUGAUUUCAAGAAUUCAGAAGUAUUUUCCAAAAUUCUUUGGGGCUGUUAUAUGUGCUAAUGUGACUGGAAGUUAUGGUGCUGCUUGCAAUAAACUUCCAACAUUUACUCAGUUUAGUUUUAUGGUUUAUAAUUCUCUGAAAAAUCAGCCAACUGAGGAAAAAGUAGACUGCAUCUAAGCCACUUUUUUUCUGUCAACAUCUGUGUUUAAAGAAGGAAGAAACAAAGGCUGAAAAGGUUAUCUGCUGUCACAGUAUAGUUCCUCGUGUAUUUUAAAGUCUUUCCGUAAAAUAAGCACAAAAAUAAAUUUAUGCUGAACUGGCA